AAAAAUAAAGAAGUACUCGUUGUAUUAAUGGAGCAAUCCUUCACAUCUCCAUCAACAUACCUUCCCUUCUCUUACCCUUUCUUUCUUCGCCCUAAAUUUCUCCCCCUUUCCCUCACCAAUCACUAAAAGAUUCAGAAGGGAAAAAAUCAGAGCAUAAGGAAAAAAGAUUUAAGAAGAAAUUAGAGGAAUUUACAAUAUGGGAAAUGGAUAUAAUAAUCAUCAUGAACAGCAGCUUUAUCACCAUAUUCGCAAUGGAAGCACGACUUUCUUCUUGCCAAUGCUUUGUAGACUUUCAAUCAAAGAUGUAAAAUUACACAACUCCAAACAUCCUCCUCCUUCUUCUUCUACACACUCUCGUGAUAAUCGCAAUGAACCAUGUUCCCCAAAAGUGAGCUGUAUGGGCCAAGUCAAAAGAAACAACAGAGUCAAUGGCUUUCCCACAACCGCCAUAACGGGUCCAGUAAAUCCCAAAGUGAAGUACACUAAAUUGAAGAAAUUAUUCUCCGCCAAAAAUUUUACUCCUCGUAAUAGCAACGAUGGACAAGUACUUAAGAGAAGUGUAACUGUUGUUGAUUCACGAAAAUCUACGAAGCUCAAUGAUAAACUUGUUCAUGUUGAAGUGAAUAUAAGUGAAUUGGAUCCGCCGUUGCCGGUGGUGAAGAAGGUAAAUCUGGCGCCAGUAGACGGUGGUUUAUGGAAGAGAAGAUCUGCCGGGGCUGCAUUGAAAAGUUUACAGAUCCAACAAAUUCAUUUACCUGCCCACAACAAUUUAGUGCAACCCACCACUUUCUAAAGGGACAACCCAAUCUACUAAACUCUCGCUAUCUGCAAGUUCCGAGAAGAAUCGAACACAAGGAUGCAUCUUGUGAGGCUUUUUCCACUGUCUCUCCUCAGUAACUACUACUUACAAAAUUUACUCUAGAAUUUUUUGUAAAUGAUUCUUUUUUCUUUUCUUUUUUUUUUUUUUGAAAUUUUAUUUAGUGUAGUCAAUAAUAGAUUUACAUGUAAUACAGUAGCAAUUUUAUUGUGUUUUCUUAAUUUUUUAAAAAUCA